AUGUUUCCUAAGGACUAUGAAUAUGACAUAGAGAUGCUAGUCAUGUUAUGGAUGGCAGAGGGUUUUGUGCAGGAGCCCGAGGGAAAUAAAAGAAUUGAAGAUGUAGCUGGAAAGUAUGUUUCUGAAUUAUUAUCAAGGUCCUUCUUCCAACAAUGCAUCAAUGACAAGUCACAAUUUAUGAUGCACGAUCUCAUCCAUGAUCUAGCUCAAUCUGUUUCUGGAAAAACAUUUUUUAGGUUGGAGGAAAAUGCAGAGAAUAAUAGUGAGCCCACAAAAGCUCGUCACUUAUCAUACGUUCGUAAACAUGAAGAUGUUUUUCAGAAAUUUGAGCCGUUCAGCAAAGUUGAGUGUUUGCGAACCUUUCUACCGUUAAACCCAUUGCAAGGGUUCAAUCUGAGCAGCUUAACAAACAAGGUUCCUCGUGAUAUGAUUCCAAAACUUAGAUUCUUGCGUGUGCUAUCCUUUAGUGGUUAUCUCAUAGCUAAGUUGCCAGAUUCAAUUGGCAAUUUGAAAAAUCUUCGAUACCUCAAUCUAUCUCAUUGUGAAUUAAAAGAGUUGCCUGAGUCAACAAGCAACCUAUACAAUCUGCAGACAUUGAUAUUAUUUCGAUGCGUAUCUCUUACCACGCUGCCUACAGAUAUGGGAAACCUAAGGAAUUUACGGCAUCUCAAUAUUCUAGGAACUAGGCUGAAGAGUAUGCCUCUGAGAAUGGGAAGAUUGAUUAACCUUCAAACACUCUCAGAUUUUGUUGUGGGGAAACACAUCGGAUCAGGGAUAGCAGAGUUAAAAGACUUGUCACAUCUUCGAGGUUCACUUUCCAUUUCUGGUUUGCAUGAAGUCAGUGUUGGGGAUGCAAUUCGGGCGAAAAUGCAGGUUAAGCAACACCUUGAUGAACUAGUUAUGGAAUGGAGCAGUGAUGAUGAUUCACGAAAUGAACAAAUUGAGACAGAUGUAUUGGAUGCAUUACAGCCUCAUGAAAACCUGAGUAAACUCACCAUUAGCUACUAUGGUGGUACAAAAUUUCCAAGUUGGAUGUGUGAUCCUGAAUUCACUGGCAUGGUAUACCUGCAUCUCAAAGGUUGCGCAAAAUGCACAUCUUUACCAUCCCUUGGCCAACUGCCUUCUCUUAAAGAUCUUGUAAUUGAAGCAAUGGAUGGAAUAAAUCAUGUCGGACUUGAUUUUUAUGGGGAUGGUGAUGCUUCCACAAUUCCUUUUCCGUCUUUGGAAACUUUGAAAUUUGAGAACAUGAAAGAGUGGGAGGAAUGGUCAUCUUUAGAAGAUGGAAGACUUCAAGGAAUUCCUGGCCUUCGCGAGCUUUCCGUAUUCAGAUGUCCGAAGUUAAGAAAGUUCUCUCAUGGAUUUGCUUCCCUGAAAAAACUGCGCAUCAAGUAUUGUGGGGCUUUGACUAGUUUUUCUCAUCAUCCUGAACUUGGAAACUUAGAACCUGUACAAUUCCCUAGCCUUCAACAGCUUGUUCUUGUAGGUUGCAAAGAGCUUGAAGAUCUUCCUGUUAACCUGCCUUCAUUGGAAGGUCUUGAGAUAGAUGGUUGCGAAAAAUUGGCUGCACUUCCUAGGCUAAUGGGACUUUGUACAUUGUCCGUGUCAGAUUCUAAUGCUGAAUUACUGGGAUGUAUGAAUGAACUAACCUCACUGACCUCUCUGCACCUGAAUCAUAUUUCACAUGUCAAGUCACUGCCUGAGGGCUUUAUUCGACGUUCCGCAAAGCUUGAAGAAUUGAGUCUUGAUAGCUUUUCUGAACUUAAUCAGUUGUCAAAUGAGCAAGUUGGACUGACAGAUCUUGCAUCCCUCCAACGCUUGACAAUCUCCAAUUGUCCUCAAUUUGUUGCUUUUCCCAAUGAAGCUGAUAAGCUGCCUCCUGUGCUUAACUAUUUGAGUUUAAAACAUUCUGAGAGCCUAUUGAAGUUUCCAGAUGAGCUUUGCAAACUUAAUUUUCUUACAGAGUUGAGGAUUGAAUGGUGUCCAAAGAUUGAAUCAUUUCCAGAUACAGGGUUUCCCUCCAUGCUUAAGCGCCUUGUAAUCGGUGAGUGUGGUGGUCUUAAGAGCUUUCCGAAGGAGGUGUUACACAACAACAAUUGUCUUGAGUAUUUGGACAUACAUAAAUGUUCCUCUUUGAUAUCAUUUCUUGAGGAAGGAAACUUGCCUACUACUCUGAAACAUAUGAAAGUUUACUACUGCAAAAUUCUUACAUCACUGCCUGGGGGUUUAAUGAUCAAAGACAACAUGACUCUUCAGAUUUUGGAGAUAGACAACUGCCCCUCUCUCAUAUCCUUCCCAAGUGGUGAACUACCCACAACACUAGAGCGUCUUGAGAUUGGUGAUUGCUCUAAACUCCAGACCUUACCAUUCAACCUCGUCAACCUCGUAAAUCUUGAGACCUUGGAAGUAAUUAGAUGCCCCCUUCUUGAGCAUUUUCCAAUGGGUGGGUUGCCAACCAACAUGAAGACAAUUAGAAUUUCUGAAUGUGAGAAGCUCAAGUCCCUACCUGAGUUUAUUUACAAACUCAAGCGGCUUCAAAGGUUGGAGAUAUCUUUUUGUCCAAGUCUCAUAUCCUUGCCAAAGUCGGGACUGCCCACCAAUUUAAGAUUACUGAGGGUUACAGAUUGUGAAAUGCUUAAUCCCGUAGAUGAGUGGAAACUUCACAAACUCAAAUCUCUUCAUGAUCUCACCAUUGGUGGAUUUCCUGGCCUCGUGUCGUUUUCAAAUGAGUAUCUUCUUCCACACAGUCUAACCUCUCUUGUUCUCCAAAGACUCCCUGAUCUUGAAUCCAUAUCGGAGGCGCUCCAGAAUCUCACCUCACUUCAAAAUUUGGUUAUUAGUGAGUGUGAUAAGCUCCAAUCUUUGCCAAUGAAUGGGCUGCCAGCUACGCUUGGUGACCUAUCUAUUCGUUAUUGUCAUCUUCUUCAACGUCGGUGUGAGCGGGACAAAGGAGAGGAUUGGUCCAAGAUUGAAAACAUCCCCUUUGUACUUUUGACGUAG